ACAUGCAGGGUUCAGGCAUUUUGUACUACCUUCGAGGGCUGCUUUAGGUACUGGUGGAGCUUAGAGUAGGGUGGGUUCUCUUUGGAAACGAAGUCGGGGCUACAGUAUACUGCUAGUGGGUGGUGAAGUUUGUUCCCUCCAAGAGAUCAGUUUAGCUCGGCUUGGAAGCCUAAAGCGGGAAGCCGGCGAGCAUUUAUUAAGGUUUGCCCUGUGCCAGACGUUAUGCCACGUGCAAAAUGUUCUUAUCUGAAAGGUCUUUGAAUGCUAAUGGAGGAGACAGAUGUUAAUAACUGACUCCAUCACUACGUGCCUAUCUCCCCCAGUAUAUGACCUGGUUUGCAAAGUUGGGUUUGAAGCAAAAGAAAGCCAUGAUAUCAACAGCAUUGUAUCUCAGUAUGGGGAAGUGUGCUGGAAAACAAUUGCUAAAUAUAUGUGCUAUGCAGAUUCAGAAGGACAAAAUGUGGAUUACUUAAAGAGUGUGAGCCUCUUGGGUCCUGUAUGUGAAGCUGUUCACACUCAUAUAUGUUCCCUGAGUAAGGCACAGUUUGACGUUCAGUAUGCUCUUUGGUUCCAGUGGACAAAUUUUUCAGAGCUAUUUCCUGAAAUAUUUGUUGCUCUGAAGAGUUCACAACCUGCAGCUGUUCCUCUGAGCUUAAUGAAACUAACAUCAUGUCUGGAGCGAGCUUUGGGUAAUGUGUUCUUAUUGAUUGGAAAGGAAUGUCCAUUUCUUUUAAGAGACUUGCUUGUAUCUAAGGAACUUGCUGAAGUGUUUGGACAAUCUGUGAUGAAUAUACUCAGAGUAUUCAUUGGUUCUCCAUGUGGACUCAAUUUGCGUAAUAUUUUGUGGCAUGGAUUUGCAUCUCCUCAGGAAAUUCCUCCAAAAUAUUGCUCUAUGCUGGUAUUGUUGACAGCAGGAUUGGGACAACUAUUAAAAAUUUAUCUUCAGCGAACUAAUUUUAAAUUCAUACAUCGGCCUUUUCUAACUUUCACACAAUUAAAGGAAUUGAUAAUUUUCCCUGAUAUUAAUGAUGAAGUUCUGUCAGUAGUUGAAGAACUGAUAAAGAAAUCUACUUUUGUGUUGAAAAUCAUGAUCCCAUUUUGGGAAGCUGUAAUAAUGAAAUUCAGAUCACAUAGAUAUGCUGACUGUAUAAUACUGUUGCUGACACAACUGGAAACUGGACUCCGAAAAGUCUUUACCACAGUUAAUAAAUGUCCAAAAAGAUUUUUAACAGCAGAGUCUACAGCUUUUUACACCACCUUUGAUGAAAUAUUAGCAAAACAAUUGAGUGAUGAUGAAAUCAAUCAUCUUCCUCUUUUCCUUGGAGAACCUGCUAUGGAGUUUCUUUGGGAUUUCUUGAACCACCAAGAAGGCCCACGUGUAAGAGAUCGCUUAAGCCAUGGGGAGAUCAAUGUAAAUGACUUUCCAAAAGAGGUUACAAAUCAGCUACUUGCCUUUUCCAUUGUACUCUUACUCAGAUUUGUUGAAGAAGAUGUGUUAUCAGUUUCUAAGGAGAAUGCAUCAAUCAAAAUUUUAAUAGACUGUGCAAAUUGCUAUUGUUCUCAGUUCCAUCCAGUUUCUCAGCUUAAAAAAAAGAUCCUAUACUGUGAGGAAAGCAUCACAAUAUGGCCUCAGCUUCCAUUAGUGCCAGUGGAACAAAUUCAGGAAGCAACCAGAUUAGGAAGCAAUUCUGAAGCAAAUGAUUGUUAUCAUUUGAUUAUGAAAAUUUCUUCUGAGCUCCAACAUUAUGUGCCACAGGUUGACUGUAAUUUGAGUAAUUUACUGGAUAAUCCUCCUACAGCAAAGUGGUCUCUUUUACUUCAUGAGCUUUGUAGCAAACGCAUCCGAACUUUAUAUUGUCCACGGUCUGUCCUUGAAGUCCUUGUUAUUCUUCAGAAAAUAAGUGCGCAUUGCCACCUGGUGUCUGAUCAAAUUAUUGCCACUACAGAAAUAAGAUUUAAGCAGUGGACACAAAAGACACUUCGGUCUCGCCAGAGGCAGAACUAUCUACGCAUGUUAAACAGUAUUAAGCUUUUGUCUCCAGUACUCCAGCUACUAUUAUUACUAAUCACACUGGAAUUGGUCAAUAUUCAUAUUGUUAAUGAAAAAAAUGCUUGUGAAUACCAACAGUACCUAAAGUUCUUGAAGUCAGUCUUGCAGUACACUGAGAAUUUAGUGACUUACUCUAACCAAGAAAAAAACAAAUGGGACGAAUCCAUCAAUAUUACACAUCUAGUUUUAGUGAAAAUAUGGGCUUUUACUGACAAAAAGCAAAUGUUAAUGCACUUAGCCAAGAAAUCCCCAAAUAAAAUUAUUUUAUGAAAAUUCUUCAUGAGUCAAAGUCUAAUACGUAUCAUAGUAUUUUCCCCUUUAGUAGUUUUUUCUUAGGUUGAAAAAUUUUGGAAACUUAAACUUAUAGUUUCCCAAGCUUCUUAAAAUUCUAUUUUAUCAGUAUAGCCUAAGUCUAGGAAACCUUUUAGUCAUUCCUCUAUUGCAAGAGGAGCAAGAAAAUAUAAGACCUCAUAUUUUUUCUCUAACAAUACCUUUCCUCAAAUAAUUCACAUAGUUAUAAUAGCAUAUUGAUAAUGUCUAGACAGAGAGUCUCAGAGAGAGUCUAAGAAUACUAUGUAAAUGUUAAGUUGUUAAUCCUUUCAUCUUUUGAGUCUUGUUGGGAAAUAAGUCUCACCUCAUAUUUGAAAGUGGGAAACCAAGAUAAGAGUUGAGUCAGGAAUCCAAGUCACCUAACUUCCUUUAAAGAAGGAGAGAAUUAGUAAACUUUGCUAGUCCUCAUUACUUUAUUUAUUUUUCUUACUACAGAAUGUGAAAUUCAGCCUUACAGGACUUUUUGUGGAAAAUGCAUAAAAAUGCAGUAUAAAAUCCCUCAUGGAUUGAAUCUGACUCUAAUUGAAUGUGACUCAGAAAAAAUUGGUCUCAAACAAUGAGAUGUCCAUCAUUUUUCCCAAAAGAUCAUUCCAAAGCCAAACCAAACUUAGGACCUUUUCAGAUCAUGACUAGAACGAAAACACAAAAUCCCUUAACUGCUCUUUGUAUUACCAGCAGUUACAAAAGCAUGUGGUAAAUGCAUUAGCAUUUGGUUUGAGGAAAGGUAACUCUUAACAGAAUAGUUUAUAGGAAUUUAGAAGUUUCACCAUUUUCACUAAAUAUUUGUCGGGUAUAACCAUCUUUUGUAUUUUAAGUCAAACUGUAAAGUCUUAGUAACAUAGGAACAGAAAAAAAUUCAUUUUUACAAAAGCAAAUGAUCCAGUGAGACAAUGAAAAGAACAUUUUAGAGUCAGGAACUGGUUUCAGAUCCAGCUUCUCACACUAAUUCUCACUAGCAUGACUUUGGAAAUUUAGUUCUCUCAUGCCUCAGUAUCCUUAUCUAUAAAGUAAAGGGGCCUUUCUUUUUUGCUUGUUUCUUUUGGGCCAAAAUGAAGAGGGAAAAAAACUCUUGGUUUUGACUUUUUCACAACACAAUUAGUGGAAAGAAUGGUGCUGUUGAAGUCUGUUUUGACAUCUAUUUGUAGAGUUCUUGCUAUAGCCAAAAAACUAAAUUUUCAGUGUGUGCCUUAAGAACGCUUUAAAUUUUUAUGGAAUCUUUCUGAAUUAUUUGGGUUAUUCUGCUGUUUUGGCAAAUAAGAGCUUAGAGCAGAAAGCAAUACCACAGGGCUUCAACACAAAGAUGGGACUGUAUUUUUAUUAAUUGGUUUCAGUUCUUUACAUAGGAGAAAAUAUAUAGUGAAUAUCUGUUCAAGUAUUGCAAACCGGAAAAUAGUCAAAUCCAAAAAAAUCAAUUUAGGGAGUCAGAAAACAGGUCUCAUCUAUUGCCAAAAACUAGUUUUUGUUUUGUCUUUUUUGUUAGCACAUUGUUUUUCUCUGCAUGUUUCCAAAAUGACCUGUCCCAAAUACACAAUUUCCUCAAAAUUGUAACAUUGCAUUAUCAGAUUCAGAGCACCUAUAGGAAGCUUUCAAGUCAAUUACUAAUGACUGGUUUCAAAGCAAGUUGGGAGAAUUAUUAUGAAAAAUAAUGUAAUUAUGUAGUUCAAGACAUUUCAUUGUGUAUUGAAGCUUUUGAAACGUGAUGAAACAUUUAGGUGAAUCUGUGGUAAUGUUUAUAGAAAGAUAUACUUAUAAGCAAUUGAAUAUAAAAUGUAUGACUAACUUUUAAAAAAAUACUGUAUAAAUAUUUUAGAAAAGGGCUAAAACAUGGGCAUGAGUUAGUUAUUAAACAUUUUAA